AUGUCAUACAUCCGUGCCAUCGCGGCUCGCCGCACGCCUUUUGUCGGAAUCCAGCGCGCUGCCUUUUCCCAGUCAAUAGCUCGCGGCGUGGGCAAGGAAUCGGCUCUUCACAAUGAAGGCCGCGCCGAUGAGGUCGAGAAGAAGAAGCAGGAGCACUUGAAGGCGCAGAAGGAGGGCAAGAACACGUGGGAGGAGGGCCUUGCGUCGGAUAGUGAGAGCGCGGUCAAGGCGGAUCGCAGCGAGACGGGCAAGUCGGCGCAGGAGGAGAUCAAGAAGCUCCAAGAGGAGGCGAAGAAGGUUGGAGGCUCGUAG